CAGGCUCUGCUCACACACCAGAGAGAGAGAGAGACACACACAUCGCUGAAACACAGAGCUGUGCUGGACAGUCCUGCACACAUGUGACACAGCAAGGGAAUCCCAGCAGGGCAAACUGGGAGCACAAACUGGCAUAUACUGGGAGCAGAGCACUUUGAACAAGUACAGACUGGGAAUAGGAAAUCCAGAACCAGUAGAAAUCGGGAGCUGAUCAGCACAGACAGAGACGCUUUCAACCAACAAAACUGUGUCGAAGAAGAGAUUUAAAAGAGCAGCAGGACAGGAGGAGUACCGAACCAUGCCAGCAGCCCUGCAAACCUGCACAUAAAGAAAAGGAAUCCACCGCAGUGCUGCUCUGUUUCUCUGUCUGGUGCAGUGCUGCUGAGGUGCCCGGCUCGCUCAUGAUCUCACACUGCCCUGUAGGGGCGCUGCCCCCCUGGAGCCCCACUGGAGAGCCCCCCUUUCUCUUCGACCGGCGCCGCUCCGUCAUCAGAGACAUCCAGCAGAGCCUGGAGCUGGAGCUGCUGGGGGAGCCCAACGUGGCCCUGCAGAGAUACCAGACCAGGCCCCCUGAAGACAGCGGCUCCUGGCAGAGUUCCGUCCAGGACUGGGGAGAGGAGGUGGAGGAGGGAGCCGUCUACAAUGUCACACUCAAGAGGGUCCAGAUCCAACAGGCUGCCAACAAGGGAGCGCGCUGGCUGGGGGCGGAUGGUGACCGGCUACCCCCGGGUCACACGGUCAGCCAGCUAGAGACGUGUAAGAUCCGCUCCAUCAAGGCCGGGACGCUAGAGCGGCUGGUGGAGACGCUGCUGACUGCCUUCGGGGACAACGACUUCACCUACAUCAGCAUCUUCCUGUCCACAUACCGGGCCUUCGCCAGCCCCGCGGACGUGCUGGGACUGCUGCUCGACAAGUACGGGGACCUGGAUAGCACUGGCAGUGACGAGUCUGGCAGCCCCACCGUCCCCCCCGACAGCAGAGCAGCCGUGCGCAAUGCCAUCGCCUCCAUCCUGCGUGCCUGGCUGGAUCAGUGCCCUGAGGAUUUCCACCAGCCCCCCGAGUACCCCAGCCUGCACAAGGUUCUGGAGUACCUGCACCGGACCAUGCCGGGCUCCGACCCAGAGAGGCGAGCCCAGAACCUGCUGGAGCAGCUGCAGAGGCAGGACCAGAGCGAGCCAGAGAGCGAGGGUGGUUUCCACGGCAACAGCAGCUUCUGCCUCGGCGAGGAUGAGGAAGUGGAGGUUGACGCUGCCGAGGAUUUCCUGAGCAUUCCGGAAGACCUGGUGGCAGAGCAGCUGACCUUCAUGGACGCGGAGCUCUUUAAGAAGGUGAUCCCUCACCACUGCCUCGGCUCCAUCUGGUCCCAGAGAGACAAGAAGGAAAACAAGCACAUCGUGCCCACCGUCCGCGCCACCAUCACCCAGUUCAACGCCCUCACCAAGUGUGUGGUGUGCACCGUGCUGAGGGGCCGGGACCUGAAGCCACAGCACCGCGCCAGGGUCAUCGAGAAGUGGAUCAACACUGCGCAGGAAUGCCGGAUCCGGAAGAACUUCUCCUCCUUGCGAGCGAUCAUCUCGGCUCUCCAGUCCAAUCCCAUCUAUCGGCUGAAGAGGACCUGGGCCAGUGUCCCCAAGGACAGCAUGCUGAUGUUUGAGGAGCUCUCUGAUAUCUUCUCUGACAACAAUAACUACCUGACGAGCCGAGAGCUGCUGAUGAAGGAAGGCACUUCCAAGUUUGCAAACCUGGAGAGCUGCGUGAAAGAAAACCAGAAACGCACUCGGAAGAGGCUGCAGCUGCAGAAAGACACGGGAGCCAUGCAGGGCACUGUCCCCUAUCUGGGCACCUUCCUGACAGACCUGACCAUGCUGGACACUGCGCUGCCAGACUACGUGGAGGGUGGUCUGAUUAACUUUGAGAAGAGACGGAGGGAGUUCGAGGUCAUUGCGCAGAUCAAGCUCCUGCAGUCCGCAUGCAACAGCUACUGCCUGAGCGCCGACCAGGCCUUCCUGCGCUGGUUCAGGAGCCAGCAGCACUUAACUGACGAGGAGAGCUACACCCUGUCCUGUGAGAUCGAAGGUGUCACAGACAGCAGCCCCACCUCCCCGAAGCCUCGCAAGAGCAUGGUGAAGAGACUGAGCCUAUUGUUCCUGGGUACGGACGCUGUGGCCAGCAGCACGCCAGUGAAGGAGAGCCCCAAGUCGCCCCCUAGUGGCAGCUCCGGGGAGAGCAUGGACUCGGUCAGCAUCUCGUCCAGCGACUCCAGCCCCUCGGAGCUCGAGGUGGCCUGCCAGACCCCCGACGCACCCCUGAAGAAGCUCUCAGAGUCCUCGUCCUGCUCCUCGAUCCACUCCAUGGACACCUCGUCUUCAUUCCCCUCGCUGCCGGAGCCCCCCCCCACGCACAGGCGCUCAGUGUCGGGCUCCAGCGCACUCCCCCUGCCUGUCUACAACCAGCAGAACGAGGACAGCUGCAUCAUCCGGGUCAGCGUGCAGGCCAGCAAUGGGAACCUGUACAAGAGCAUCCUGCUCACCAGUCAGGACAAGACCCCAGCAGUGAUCACGAGAGCCAUGAGCAAACACAACCUGGAGAGCGAGGCGUCCGACCGCUACGAACUGGUGCAGGUCAUCUCUGAGGAGAGAGAGCUGCUGAUCCCGGACAAUGCUAAUGUGUUCUACGCCAUGAACAGCUCGGCCAACUUCGACUUCCUCCUGAGGCACAAGGACUGGGCUGUGGGGGGGCGGGCGGUGAAACUGCGCAGCCACUCGAGUGCCACGCUGCCACGGGCCAGCCGGGGGGGCUGCCUGAGCAACCGGCUGAGCAAGGUGACCCUGUGAGCGGGAAGAGAGAGAGGGGCAGCCACUCCACUCGCUGACACACACUCCCAGCGACACAUUCCAGAUCAGCUGACCCGCAUUCCCCUCGGAGCUCCCUCUCUCCUGGGUCGAGCGGGACAGGAUCCCAGUCCCGCAGAGGAGAGCUGGCCUGGCCAGCCCUCCCAGCAGACUCCCAGGCCCGGUCCUCGGCCUUGCGCAGCAGGGGCUCCACACAGACUGAUAUAGACUGAUCAGAGAUUGAUAUUUUGAUAUGUCAGAUGUUUGGAAUGUUUUGCACACGAAGGAGAGAAAGCUGCUCCUGAUUGUUGUUUUCAUUCGUGUGUGGAAGGAGAUGGGGACAGUGAGGGGUGGAUUGUAUUGAAUGAUGGAAUAAGUGAUGAAUAAGUUUCCUGAAUGUGGGAGACUCACAUGGACUGAAGAAGACUCCCGCCUUGGACUGAAGAAGACUCCCGUCUCACUUUCUUAAGUACGGAUGAGGGUCCUUCCCCAGUCCUCUGGAUGACGAGUGACUCCUGCGUCACUUUCUAAAGUAUGGAUGAGGGUCCUUCUCCAGUCCUCUGGAUGACGAGUGACUCCUGCGUCACUUUCUAAAGUAUGGAUGAGGGUCCUUCUCCAGUCCUCUGGAUGACGAGUGACUCCUGCAUCACUUUCUAAAGUACGGAUGAGGGUCCUUCCCCAGUCCUCUGGAUGACGAGUGCUUGUAACAAGUGUUCUGAUUGGCUGCUGAUUGGGCCCUAUUGUUUGUUUCCUUCUGUAAUGAAUCCACUUCCUCUGGUUUCCUAUUGGUUUGUGUUUCUCUCCGGGGGGAGUGGUCAGAGCCUCGUCUUGGAGAGAGGAAGGAUCUGAUUGGUUGAUCUUCUUCACACUGUGGAGUUAGGUGCACUUGUUUUGGGAGAGGGGGGGUGAAGGGGAGGAUGGAUCUACCCUAGUGCCCCACCCAGCCCGGAAAUAUUUUGUUUUGUAAAUGUGUCCAAAAAAAAGAGUUUAUAAUAAUGUGACAAAAGGCAAAAUAGCAGAGAGCAAUAUUUUUCUUCAAAUCUUUUUUGUAAAAGAAAGAGACUCUGACUCUUCAGCACUGAGCACAUGGAGCUCCCUGUCUCUGAGACUCUGACUCUUCAGCACUGAGCACAUGGAGCUCCCUGUCUCUGAGACUCUGACUCUUCAGCACUGAGCACAUGGAGCUCCCUGUCUCUGAGACUCUGACUCUUCAGCACUGAGCACAUGGAGCUCCCUGUCUCUGAGACUCUGACUCUUCAGCUCUGAGCACAUGGAGCUCCCUGUCUCUGAGACUCUGACUCUUCAGCUCUGAGCACAUGGAGCUCCCUGUCUCGGAGACUCUGACUCUUCAGCACUGAGCACAUGGAGCUCCCUGUCUCUGAGACUCUGACUCUUCAGCACUGAGCACAUGGAGCUCCCUGUCUCUGAGACUCUGACUCUUCAGCACUGAGCACAUGGAGCUCCCUGUCUCUGAGACUCUGACUCUUCAGCUCUGAGCACAUGGAGCUCCCUGUCUCUGAGACUCUGACUCUUCAGCACUGAACACAUGUUUGCAGAGCCCUCUGCGGGCAGCAUGCAGCAGGAUGACGCUGUGAAAUGAUAUGAAACUACCGAGACCUUCCUUUACAAAUGUUUCCCAUAGUAAAAGUGUAAUCAAGCACUGUGAAAGCAUGGUAAAGCAUAGGCAAGCAUUGCAAAGCACAGAGAGCUAAAGUAAAGCAUAUUGAAAAGCAUGGCAAACCAGGGUAAACUGUGGUGAAUUAAUUGUAUGAUCAUGGGGAAAAAUGCAAAAGUACCAUGCAAAAAUACUGGGGUAAGCAUUUAGAAGGGUUUCAACGGAAAAGUGAUUUAGAGCUGCCUCCUGUUGGCAGGUUUUAAAAGCAUUUUCACCACCGUGUUGUUUUGUGUGUCUGUCCUGACACGGGGCUGAGCAGCAGAGCAGCCUGGCUCUCUAGCUGAACUCUUUAGCAGCCCUCCUCCCUCACUGGUCAGCGAUCCCUCAUGUCUGUGUUUCUGUGCCUGCCCAGCCCUGGAGGAGUGGGUCUUGUCCCAGCUUGCCUAGUUAACCUGAGCCAGUCCCUUGGUUGUUUUGUUUCUCAUGGUCUCCCCAGCAGAGCCAGCAGGGAUGCCCAUCCCUUGGUUUGUGUGUCACACAGCGCGGGUCUCCCCUCUCACUCUGCGUGUCGCACAGCGCGGGUCUCCCCUCUCGCACAGCGCGGGUCUCCCCUCUCACUCUUGCUCUCUGCUGCAGGGCUGCACAUCACCCAUUACCAGCUUUCAUUAAAAAUUAAAUAUUUAUAUUAUACAUAUAUACAGUAUAUACUUUUUGUAAAUAUAUAAUUGUUUUUGUAUUAACAUAUUGUUCUGUUGUAAUUUGUGUUUCCAAAAAUUGAAUCUGGUAGCAAAAAAAUAAAUAAUAUUUGCUAAAUAA